UACGACCUAAUUAUAUUAGCGUUUUUUACGCAAGCCUGUAUGUGCAAUUUUUUUUUUCCUUUUAAUUUUACCUCUACGAAAAUAAACAUUAAGUACACCUCCAAGUACAAAACGCUUCUUUUUGUGGAGAAAUACAGCUACUUGUAAAUACUCCUUUGAAUUUUCUUAGAAAACAUUUCCGUGCUAACAUGUUUAUUUUCGCCUAGUUACCAGCUGGUCAGCUCUUUAAAUUUUUCAUUAUUUAUUUGUCUCUUUUCUUUAACUAUUUAUCUAACGUUUCCAAAUAUUUAUCUCUGGAAUUGUCAGCCGUCCAUUCUUUAGUAACACAAUUAUUUUAAAGAAAGAACACCAAUUAACUUGAUUCGUUUGGGUCCACUCUUUUUUAUAAGAAUAUUGUGUUUUUCCGGUCAAGGCUAAAUAUUCGACUCAUUUUUCUGCCGAUGUAAGGCUCAAAGUAUUCUUGCCAAUAUUCUUGUGUUUACGAACUAAUUAUAUUGUCGCUCAAAAUGCCAUAGAAGCGCCCGCACCAUUACUGCUAAUUUUAAAACUAAGAAAGGUUUGCCAAUGUUUUAUGUUUUUAAUUCGGUUUCUUUCACGCAACCGUAAUAUCGUUUGGCUUUCAGUUUUACCUCUACGAAAGCUAACAUAAAGUGUACAUCCAAGUGCAAAACUCUCCGUUAUGUACGGACUUACAGCUGCUUAUAAACAUUCCUUAUAAUUUUCUUAGAAGACAUUUCCGUGCAAACAUAUUCAUUUUUGCUUGGCUACUAGUUUGUCACCCUCUAAUAACUGUUUAGUCAUUAUUUGUCUGUUUGUUGUAAUAAUUUAUUUGAGUGGCGUUUGCAAAUAAUACGUCACUUAGAAGCUCUCAACUGCCCAAUCGUUUGUAGUAAGAACCAUUUAAAAGAGAGAACCCCAAACAUCUGGUCCAGUUCUUAAAAGAAACCGCUUGCAACAAGAGCCUAAAUUGUCGCAGAAGAGUUACAACAAAGACCAGAAACGUUCGCUGAAUUGCGGAGAUAUGAAGUUCACUUUCGCUACUAUAUUUCUGUCCGCCCUCAUCUUCAAUCCAGGAAUGAACGCUGAGGGAAGGGUGACCCAAAAAGAGGAUGCCAACCUCGGAGCUCAGAUGUCAAUAGCUGACCAGCCCAAUCAAGACGUUCAUCUGUCUCAAGAAGAUCCCGCAGCGGAUUCGACAGAUGAGGAGGCACUUCGCUCGGCUAUGCCCGUUGCCUGCAGGGCAAGUUAUGGCGUAGAAAUUAGCCUGAUAACCGUGGAGGAGAAGAAAAAAGGUCAAAAGAAGAGCUGCGAAGACAUUUGUCACGACAAACAAUUGACUUGUUUGGGAGAGUUGGAUACGCCUAGAAAGAAGGGUAAGCCUGGCUGGAGUUCCGAAUGCAACGAGAGCGGCGGUGCCACAAGGAAUGUUAUGAAGUUUUGCUGCUGUCAAUCGUAAAUUGUGAGUUCGGUCUUACCAACGAAAGAGGUUCCUGAAACUCUCUAGUAAGAGCAAAUAAAGAUGUAAUAACCAGAA